UUUCCACGAUGUGUAACAGAGGGGUAUUGAAUAUCAUAAGAAACGGUCCAACGAUAACAAUAAUAUGAUCGUAACAAUGUAGUGUUUUACUCGAGAAAAAUACACAUUGAUUUUCAUUCGGAUUGCAUUGGUCGCGCUUAAAACACCAUCGGAAGGAUCAUGUGUACCCACGAGGAUAUGUCACCAGUCUAAUAGUCGAGAAACUGCAUGGUACUUGUACGUCUAAUGCAUUUAGCGUACACGAUGUGUGUUCAACAGACUAUUCUACAGGACUUUUGCGAAAAUGGCGCAUGAUUUGGAGUUGGCGAACCAAGCUUGGCAGACAAUCACCGCCAGAUUACUUGCUGGCAGUCAAGAAAAUCAUGCCGAGGGCUCAACAUCCGCUAUGGACAUUUCUGAGCAAGCUGUCGGCACGAUGGAUGACAUCAGAUCAGCCCACGGUGUGCUCGCUGAACAAGGCAUGGGAAACCUUCUAGAAGAGUGGUUCAUGGAAACGCUACAGCACACACUCCAGAGAAAAUACGUCCCUCAGUUCUGGUCGCACUUUACACCCCAUCACAUACCCCUAGAAACAUCAUCUCUGUCUGUGGAUAACCCACUUGUUCCUGCCAUCAGUGCUCUGUCCGCAAAUGUGGUACCAUUCAUCAAUAGUGCGAGAACACUCGAUGAAUUGUCCGCUGAGAUACGCUCGCCGAUAAACUGUACUCAGCUUGUCGAGAGAGUCCAGACAAUGCUGAAAGCUAUGCUCUUUGACCAGACUCCGAAAUGCUUCCAAAGUGUAGUGAACGAUUUCUACAGUCAAGCUUUUAGAGCUUUUCAUGGUGAGAAGAGGUCAGGGGGUGACGUGAGCAUGAGAAGUCAAGGUGACGAUGGCGAAACGGAAGACACUGCAGAAGAAGAAGAUGAUGACAUCAGGUGUUCCGCAUGCCAACAAUCCAAGGAGGCGUGUCACUGCAAGGAUGUGCUUCAACAGUUUCAUCAAAUCAAUUCCAAAUUACACUGUUUAGGCCUGUUGGAGCGAGUUUGUGCAGAGCCCGUAACGUCCCUGAUCCAUGCCAAGAUCAAGCAUCAUGUGGACAACAAGUGCAGGGGAGAGUUUGAGACUUCUUACAUUGUUACAUUAGAAAGGUGGUUGUCUAGCAAGGUUGUGAGAUGGUUGAAUCUCGUUUUCUGUGGAGAGGAAUCGCAGCGGACCAUCGGCGGCAGCACGCAGCAGACACUGCGCCAGUGGAAGGACAGACUGCAGUAUCUCCUGUACCAAACCUACGCAAACCUUCGCAUUCAAGAACUUUUCAACAUCAUCGUUGAGUUCCCAGACUCCCUCUCCGCUCUGGAGGAUCUGCAGAAGUGCUUGGAGAAGACAGACCUGAGAAGGCACCUGGUUCAGUCACUGCGCAGCUCCUUGGAGACACGCUUACUGCACCCAGGAGUAAAUACUGACGAUAUCCUGACUCAAUACAUCUCGUCUAUCCGAGCUCUGAGAGUGUUGGAUCCAUCAGGUAUCAUACUGGAGCUGGUAUGCCAACCUGUCAGGAAAUAUCUCCGGACCCGAGAAGACACUGUACGGUGCAUUGUAUCCAGCCUGACAGAUGACAGCAACAAAGAACUAGCUGAAGAACUGAUCAAAGCUGAACCAGUGACUAUGGAUGAGAGUUACUGCAGUGAGCAGGAAGAUGAAGACCAUCAGGAUUGGCAACCUGAUCCCAUAGAUGCUGACCCAGCUCGGACUUCCAAGAGUCGCCGCUCGUCGGACAUCAUCAGCAUGCUGGUCAACAUCUACGGCAGCCGCGAGUUGUUUGUCAACGAGUACCGGGGCCUGCUGGCCGACCGCAUCCUGACGGGGUUCAACUACGACACGGCGCGGGAACUGCGCUACCUGGAGCUGCUCAAGCUGUGCUUCGGAGAGUCGCAACUCCACCACUGCGAGGUGAUACUGAAGGACGUAGCCGACUCGCGCCGGUGCAAUGCUCACAUCAACUCACUCAAAAAGGACGAGGAACCGGAGGCGAAAGACGCCACUAAAGAUUUUGAGUUCAACUCGAUGAUUCUGUCAGCUCAGUUCUGGCCCAACCUGAAAGAAGAGAAACUCAAAAUUCCAGAGGAGAUUGAGAAAGCCAUGGAGGAGUACACAAAGUCCUACGAGGAUUUGAAGGGUAUGCGUACUCUGAACUGGAAGACCAAUCUAGGAUUGGUCAAUUUGGAACUGGAGCUGAAAGAUCGCAAGCUCAGCUUAUCAGUGUCACCGAUACAUGCUACCAUCAUCAUGCACUUCCAGAACAAAGCCAAAUGGACAGUGGAGGAGUUGAGUGGCGUCAUGCAGGUCUCGGUCACGGCGCUGCGUCGCAAGAUGGCCUUCUGGCAGAGUCAGGGGGUGUUACGAGAGGAAGGCACCGACACGUUUGUCUUGAUUGAGGAGCAGAGAGGUGGGCGGGGGGUGCAGCAGGAGAUGAUCCUGUUGGACAGCGAUGAGGAGACGGAGUCUGCCAUGGCAACAGCACAGGACCAACAGGAGGAAGAACUCCAGGUGUUCUGGUCGUACAUUGUUGGCAUGUUAACCAACCUGGAGUCCCUGAGUCUGGAUCGCAUCUACUCCAUGCUCAAGAUGUUUGCCAUGCAAGGCCCAUCCUCCUCGGAAUUCUCCGAGCACAAACUACGUCAGUUCCUGGACCGCAAGGUGCGGGAACAGCUGCUGGUGUACUCGGCGGGAGUUUAUCGCUUGCCGAAAACGGAGACUUGAAUGGAUCAAUCACACAACCAAACGUGUCAGCUACUGUGCAGUGUAUUAUAAUGAGGAAAGGUAUAUUUCAAGCUUCAAUUUCAAGAUUUUUGUUGAAGAUUUCUUGUAUUUUGCAAAAUGUUUAACGAGGUGCUUUAUUUCCCAAGGGGUCUGAACUCUCUCAAAACAUUCAUGACAGUUUCUAAUAAUUUCAACCCCCCCC